AUGGCAAGCCGAUUUGGCCUUAUAACUGGAGAGUCCAGUGACCAACUAAGUGGUACAUGUUGCUAUGACGUACCUGCAGGCAAUGAGUCCCUUAUUGGCUACAUAGCCAGCCUCAGUCAGUCCGUCGUGAAACUAUUUCUAUCGUAUGAUGGCUGUAUAGGCCAGCAGGGACGGGCUCUAUGCAACUGGAUGGACUCGUUUUCACGAACUGCUCGGCCCCGGUUCUGUUGA